AUGAAGCAGAAGAAGAGUCAACACGUCGAGGAUCAAGCUGGGGACAGUGCCGAUGCUGAGGAUGAUGGUGUGGAUGGGCUUCCACCCGAAUCAGAAGACGGCAGCAGCGACAAGGAUGCUAUUGCAUCCCUCCAGGCUUCUCUCAUGCGUCGGCAGACCACUGCAGUGACGCCAGGCCCUGCUGCCCGCAUCCGACGUUGUGAGGGGCACCAACAAGAUUCACUGGCACCUGAUGUGGUGUCCACCCCGUCCACGUCUGAACAGCGGACGUUGAUGGUCCCGCAGGCUGCAGUCUCUCCCAACUCUGUUCCUUCGACUCCAGCUACCCCCGCACCUGCCAACGCCCCACAGUCAAUUUGCAACUCUGAUGACUCCAGCGAGACUUUUGAUGUUGCUACUGGGCACAAAGAGAAGUACAGCGAGCACGCCCUCAUAGGUCGCUCUCUGGAGAUCGCUUUUUUUUCAAAUACGCGCACUGGUGUCGGCUUCCUGCACUCGGAAUUUUUCGAUCCGAUUCCCGAUCAAGCACUUGCGUUCGUGCACACUUUUAUCCACGCGCACAUCUGCGAGUGGUUCACUGGCCGCCACAUCAGGGAAGACUUUUCAGAGGUCAAGAAUGCUACGUUCUAUGCAGGUUUUCUGGCCGAUCUACAAUCGUAUGGCAGCAAAAAUCCCUCCGCAUGGCUCAACAUCCGCAAGCGUAUGUAUUCAAGUGCAUUCACUGCAAGUGGUGGGGCCACACUUCGGGCACAGAUCACUCGAGUGUCAACAUUCGCUAUGGAGGCCGCUACAGCAGAGCUCGAGGGACGGACCGGUCUCACUGACAGUGAGACCGAGGGCGAAGCUAGGGCGGGCGGACUUUGA